AUGGUAGAGGAAAAGCCGGUCCUGAAUGGUUGUGCUAGGGUCUUGCAACUGCGUGCAGCUGCUUGCAGCUUCACACAGUCCAGGACUACUUCCGAUCGCAUCCUGCAGCCCAAGCUUUGGCAUCAUGGUGCAAAGAAUCAGCCAACAUUGAGCCCACGAUUUGGGCAGCCGAACCACGCCCUGGUGGCCCUGGUGAAGGGAGAGUUAUCAUCGGUGUUGCCACUCGCUGGGUGCGUUGUGAACCAUCCGAGCCUGAUGCGUGCGGUCAAGCAACUUCAGGAGGUCUUCAACUCGGAGGGCGUGGGAGUGUUUGAUCACGACAGCGCAACAGCACGUGGCAUUUUCGAGGAGGAAUCUGCGAGGUAUGUGGAGCUCACCUUGGAGCGCCCAAGUGGUCUUGUCCAGCUGGUGAUUGUGUGGAAUGGCAUUCAAGGGAAGGAAAGUGGGCAACUUCAAACGCUUCUAGAUGCUCUUUGGCCAUGCGAUGAGAGCGACAAUGCCUUUUGGCAUUCGAUCUGGGUGCACUGGCGAGACCCAGACCCGUCCCUCAUGCGUGCGAUGCAUACCAAGCGGCCAGAAGCAUGGCAACAGGUUCGUCCAGAUCGCGCAGAACGACCCGCUCAUGUGAUUGAGCGGCUGGAUGGUUUGGACUUUUCAUUUGGCCCAGCAAGCUUUCAGCAAGCCAACUUAGUUGUCUUCGAGAAGAUGCUCCAGGAUCGUACAGUAGCCAUUCAUAGUUCGUAG